CUCUUUAUGGUCUCAAAUAGGCCCCUCGUGCUUGGUUUGAGAAGUUCAGUGAUGCUAUUCAGUCUGUUGGUUUCAUUCAAAGUGAGGCUGAUCAUGCUAUGUUUGUUCAUACCUCUUCUUCAGGCUGCACUAUUCUUCUUCUUUAUGUUGAUGAUAUGGUCAUCACCGGAGAUGAUCGAUCUAGGACCACUGCGCUAUUUUCUUGGGCUUGAGAUUGCUCGCAGUUCACGUGGUAUUCUCAUUUCUCAGCAGAAAUAUACCGCUGAUAUUCUGUCCAGGGCUGCUCUAUCAGAUUCACGUACUGCUGCCACUCCUAUUGAGCUAAAUCAAAAGUUUUGCCCAGACGAUGGAGAACCUCUUUCUGAUGUCACCCGCUAUCGGACCUUGGUUGGCAGUCUUAUUUAUCUUACUAUCUCCCGACCCAACAUCGCCUAUGCUGUUCAUGUUGUCAGUCAGUUUGUUGCUGCUCCUCGAACAACUCAUUAUGCGGCUGUUCUAAGGAUUCUGCGCUAUCUUCGAGGCACUUUAUCGCGUUCCUUAUUUCUACCAUCCUCUCUUCUGCUCUCAAGUUGCGUGCCUAUUUUGAUGCUGAUUGGGCUUCCAAUGUCACUGAUCGCAAAUCUAUCACUGGUUAUUGCAUUUUUCUUGGCGAUUCACUUAUUUCUUGGCGUUCCAAGAAACAACAUAUUGUCUCACGCUCCUCUACAGAGUCCGAGUAUCGUGCUAUGGCCGACACUACUGUUGAGAUUGUUUGGCUUCGCCGCUUACUUGCUGAUAUGGGAGUUUCACUUCUGGAUCCUACUCCUCUGCAUUGUGACAACAAGAGUGCCAUUCAUAUCGGUGCAAAUCCAGUCUUUCAUGAGCGUACCAAACAUAUUGAGAUCGAUUGUCAUCUGACUCAUCAUCAUCUCCAAGCUCGCACUAUUUCACUUCCUUUUGUUGGAACCGAGAAUCAACUUGCCGAUUGUUUUACGAAGGCUCUUACAUCACAA